UAAUUGCAAAACAUUUGUCCAGCGGAUGUCUUCGGGAUUUCGGCGACGCAUUUAAAAAAAAACACUUUCCCCCGAACUUUGCCAUUCAAAAUCGACACAUAUAUAAUAUUUAAUAUUAUUAAAACAACCAUGGAAGCUUACAGAAACAACCGUGUAAAUAAAAAAGGUGCCAACAAAACAGAAAAAACAACUGAUCUGGAAUUUGGUGGCGUUUUGGGGACUGCAAUAAACAUUGUAGCUUUGCCAUGCACCGUCAUUAUUAUGAAUCUCAUGUGUAACGAACAAACGUGUAAAUUCGGUCAGUUACCUUUCAUUUAUAACUGGUGGACGUAUUUUGUCGAUUGGACUGCAGUGUCGAUGUUUUUAUUUUGGAUGAUAUUCCAAUCUUUCUUGGCUAUACUGCCUAUUGGAAAAUUGUACCAAGGUGUCCCAUUAAGAGAUGGGUCGCGACUUCAGUACAGAUGCAACGGUUUCCUAGGUCUAUUAAUAUCUAUAUUUGCUUUUGUAGUUGCUGUCCACAUGGGUUUCCCAGUUAGCAUUAUAUACGACAAGUUUUUUCAAAUGAUGAUAUCUGCUUUAAUUUUCAGUUACAUUUCGAGUGUUUUACUUUACGUAAGAUCUUGGAAAGUUGCACCUUCAAAACUAGCUCCGAAUGGAAACUCUGGGAAUAUUUUUUACGAUUUCUUCAUGGGACAUGAACUCAACCCAAGGAUCGGUUCUUUCGAUUUGAAAUUCUUUUGUGAGAUGCGUCCAGGAUUAAUCGGUUGGGUUAUUAUUAACCUUAGUUUUGUCGUAAAAUCCUAUUUAGAUAAUUUUGGGCCAUCACCUGCUCUCUUGCUUGUAACCAUCUUCCAAGGCUUCUAUAUAGUCGAUGCUUUAUGGUUCGAAGAAGCUAUAUUAACCACUAUAGAUAUGACCUCUGAUGGGUUCGGUUUCAUGUUGUGUUUUGGUGACCUCGUCUGGGUACCGUUUUUGUAUACACUGCAGGGUAAAUACCUUAUGACGCAAUCCCACAGCCUUCCGUGGUAUAUUUUAACUGCAUUAACUGUCAUAAACUGUAUUGGUUACUUUAUUUUCCGUUCAGCUAAUUCCCAGAAAAAUACAUUUAGACGUGACCCCAAACAUCCUUCGGUUGCGCAUUUGCAAAGUAUCGCCACUUCAUUCCCCAAUCGCCGAUUAUUAGUAUCUGGAUGGUGGGGCAUCUGCCAGAAACCUAACUAUUUAGGAGACAUUAUUAUGUCUCUCUGCUGGUCUUUGACUUGUGGGUUCGGAAGCAUCCUUCCUUACUUUUACCCAAUUUAUUUAAUCAUUUUAUUAAUCCAUCGUGAGAGACGAGAUUCGGCUGCGUGUGAAAAGAAAUAUGGAAAUAGCUGGAAGAAAUAUUGCAGUAAAGUGAAAUAUCGAAUUAUUCCUUAUAUAUACUAAAAGUGAAUUUUUCGGGGCUAAUGCAGUUUCGCACCUCUCCUUGAAAAAGGUUCACGUGGCCGAAAAUGUAAACGAAACCUUUCCCCCUUUUAAAAUUUUUUUUCUAUUCAUUUUAUGAUACAGACGUGUUUAUCAUGAAUUUUCUGUGUAAAUUAUACUGACACGAGUAAUAUAACCUACUUUGACGUGUCAAGAUUAACAUUCCGAGC